AUGGAGAUGGACAACAACCUCCUUACGACAAUGUUAGAAAGGUGGAGGAAAGAGACACACACAUUCCAGCUUCGAAAGGGAGAGAUGACGAUUAAGUUGAAGGACGUGGCCUUGAUGACGAAGCUGCCAAUCAAAGGUGAUGUCUUGAUAGAGAGUGCACUGAGACCAUUGAAUGGUUGUAGCCUUUUCAUAAGCGAGCAUUUAGGCAUCGACGUUCCCAGGAAAGCACCAGAAGGUCGUCGAAUAGCACCGCUAGACAAGUCUAUGUUGUCUAUGUUGUCGAAUAGCACCGCUAGACAAGUCUAUGUUGCGGGCAUACGCUCAGAUUGA